UUGAAUUUGUUUUUAUAUUUGUUAAAAUAUCAGUACAACUACAACUUGCAUAUCGACAUGUUCUCCGCAAAGUAUUUUGCAUUUUUGUGUGGAAUUUUGACGGUCAUUGACUGUACAUUUGGUGAACCAGAUAGUGCUGGAAUUGUACCAUUACCAAAUGGUCUUGCCUACGGUGGAAUUCCAUAUGGAAGUGUAUCUGGUAUGUUGGCAGAUUAUCCACGACAACAAUUGAAUGAAUACAACAAUAAUAAUUACUACUAUUAUCCACAACCAGGACAGUAUAAAAGAUCAUCAAAUGAUCAAUUACAGCCACAGCCAGGAUCACAAAUUAUUGUAACACCAAAUGUUCGUGCAUCAGGUUUGUCAAAUCGUAAAAAUGGUCCAUUUCAAAUUUAUAAAUUACCCGGUGUUAUUGCUCCAGGUGUUAUUGGAACUCUCAGUCAAAUUGGAUACUAAAUAUCAUUUACAUCUUUAAUAAAAUCAUGGAAAUCUAUUAUUAAUUUUAUACAAAAAUUAUCUAUUCAUACAUAUAUGAAUAACAAUAUUGUCAGUUAUUUUAUUUACUAUAUGAUAUUUUUAUUUUUUAUAUUUAAACGAGAAUUUUGUUUAUAUAUUUAUUUAUUGUUUUUUUUUUUUUUUUCUGCAAAUAAAAUAAAUAAGCUUUGUAUUAAAUUUUUUUUUCAAAUAAACAUAUUGCUAUUG